AUGCGUCGUUCUUACAGCUAUAACAGCUCUUCCUCAUCCACUAGCUCGCCCUGCAUUUCUCCAGUCUCCAGUCGCUCCUCCAUUUCCGACGACGACAGAGACGAUGAUAUUUCCAACCUCGACCUUAGUGGAUCUGGCAGCCUUAACGCGAGGAGCUACAUACUCGUCAUCGGCGGUCUAGGCUUCAUCGGUUCUCACACGACCCUGGAAUUGCUCAAGGAGGGCUACAACGUAGCCAUUGUCGAUAACAUGAGCAACUCGUACGAGUCAAAAUUCACGAGCAUUCAGAGCCUCGCUAAGCAGCACUGGACAGCCAAAGGUGGCAAAUGUCCUGACUUGAAGCUCCACAAACUGGAUUACCGCAGUCCCGCGCUACGAACGAUACUCGGUCGAUACGUCAUCCAAGAACCAGAGAGCUCUCGGCUGUCUUAUAUCAGUGGCGUGAUUCAUUUCGCAGCCUACAAGUCCGUCGAAGAGUCCACACGGAGUCCGCUGGCUUACUACCAAAACAACGUCUCUGGUCUGAUCGACCUUCUAGUUCUGCUGAGCGAUUUUGGCAUUCAAAACUUCGUCUUCUCCAGCUCUGCGACCGUCUAUGGCUCCGUGCUUAGCAAGGGUGGCAAGCCAGUGCAAGAGGAGCAGCUGAUUCACCACGAGACCGCACACGUUGACGGCCAAGGCCAGCGCAUGACACUCGUCCCCAACGUCGGUGGCCUGACGUCGCCAUACGGCCGCACGAAGUAUUUUGGCGAGGCCAUUCUAGCGGAUGUGGCACUUGCAGACCCUUCGUGGCGACUGACUGCACUACGAUACUUCAACCCGGUAGGCUGUGAGCCUUCAGGCCUCCUCGGAGAAGAUCCUCGACAAAAGGCGACAAAUCUAUUUCCGGUGGUCUCGCAAGUGCUCGUGGGCGACCGAGCCUCGCUGGAUGUCUUUGGCACGGAUUGGGAUACCUCUGACGGGACUGCAGUGCGAGACUACAUCCAUGUCAUGGAUCUAGCCCGGGGCCAUGUCGCUGCGCUAGCGACUGCAGGAGCACGACCAGCGGAUUUCGCCUUCCGUGCGUACAACCUUGGCACUGGUACAGGCUCGACGGUAGACCAAGUCGUGUCUUGCAUGCAGACGGCAGCGAAGCGAACAAUCCCAGUCAACCGCACUGGCCGAAGAACCGGUGAUGUCGGCUUCUGUGUCGCCGCGACGGAUCGAGCGAGGUUAGAGCUUGGGUGGGAAACGCAGUUGUCACUGGAAGACUGUGCCGCCGACACUUGGCGCUACCUCCAGAGCUCCGGCAGAGUAGCGGUAUGA